AUGGGGGAUUUUAAAUACAACAACGCUUCGUCCGUAAGUUCCAUAAGUACGGACACUUACGUAAUUAACACGUCGACUCCAAGCGUGUUCUACUCCAGUGCAACAGACGGGGGCAGCAACUCCACAAGCAAAAUGCAAGAUGACUGCCUCGUUGAGCAGGGUGGAGGCGUCAAGCCGCAGGGGAUGGCCACUGGCGGGGUCGACGGUUCUGACGACCAGCAACAGCAACAACAGCAACACACAAAUAACGACGAGGAUACCAAAACAGGUGUAAAGGGGGAGUCGACAGGUCCUCCGGUGGGGAGCAACGCGCCCUGCACAGUCCCUGGCCCUUUAGGGUCAGGCAGCACUCCGGGACCUUCUGUACUAGGUCCUCCAGGCUCAGGGGGAGUACCCACGGCAGCUGCGGCCGCCGCAGCCGCCGCUGCAGCAGCAGCAGCAGCUGCUGCAGCUGGUGGAGGUGGGCCGGGGUCAGGAGUGGUGGGAGGGCCAGGGGGUGGGGGAGGCCUGGUGGAGCAAACAGCUCUACCAGCCUCACUGGCCUCCUCUGUAGCUUCCCUUUGGUCACCUCCGUCCGUGGAUGACCCACUCUUACACUCGGGUAUGCCAGCCAUCAACGGGUCAUUGGCAUUCCAUGGUCUAGGGCCGAGUAACCCAGGUGGGCCAGGCUCUGGUGGUCCUUCCCCACUGUUCAGUGCCAACCUUGGCCCACAACUAGGACUAGGACCAACAGGACCACAAAACCACCAACAGCGUAGGAACAUGCAGCAAGCAGCACCAAACUUCCCCGGGCAGGCACGACCCCAAUCUUUAGGGCCUGCUCCAGGACCCCAAGCCCCCUUUCUGCCUAACAAGUACUCUUCAUCGUGGUCAUCAGGGCUUGGUUCACAAGGUAGUGCAUGGUCUCCAGGGCCAUCGCCCCAGGGUAACUCUGCUGGGGGUCCAGGAGGUGGGCCCGGUAAUGCACCUGGGGCGCCAUCGCUACCCGGGAUGAGCUCAUGGUCCACACGGGGCCGGGGUGGCAUGGGUGGCAUGAAUCUCGGCCACAAUCUGGGUGGGAUGUCCUCGGUGCCACGAAAAAGCUCCAACCUACCCAACGCUUCCUCCAUGGUGAUGAACAAGUUUCGACGUUCUACGAGCUACCCAGGGAAGGGACCCUUUCCACAUCCGCCCUCGUUCGAGAUCACUGGUGUGGAUGAUGGCUUCCCUCGCGAUCUGCUUCAGUUCCCGGUAAGUGUGAUAAAUUGA